AUGUCUUCAGAUCCCAACCAAUUUAUGAGGACCUCUGGCUCCCAUGACUCCGUCUGGGUCCAUCUUGAACCAUAUUCAAAUCGUCCCCAGUUCCCCAAACUGGACCGGAGUUUGGAGACCGAUGUCUGCAUCAUCGGAUCUGGCAUCGCAGGUAUCUCGACCGCGGAGCAGCUUGUGAGACGGGGUGUGAAUGUUGUGAUGCUCGAAGCCCGAGACAUACUCUCAGGGGAAACCGGACGAACAUCCGGCCACUUGUCCUCAGAUCUGGACGACGGCUACGUGGCAAUCAAGAAGCUAUUCGGUACGGACGGAGCAAAGCAUGCAGCAGAAUCCCACGAGUGGGCUCUCAAGCAUGUCGGUGAAGUUUCAAAAGAGCUUGGAAUAGAGUGCGAAUACCGUUUGCUCCCGGCGUAUGACCUCUCACAAUAUUCGGUUGGCACCAAGGAGCAUGACGAUGACAUGUCGGAACUCAAGCAAGAGGCCGAACUGCAGAAGGAGCUCGGCCUUGAUUCGAGAUAUGACGAGAGCGUCACUGUCAGGGGCUGGACAGGGAAGCCAGAUCAGAGAGGCGGAGUAGUUGUCGGUCGCCAGGCAACGUUUCAUCCCACCAAAUACUUGGUCGGAGUGCUGAAAUGGCUCAAAGAGCAACCCAACUUUCAGUGCCACACACAUACACGGGUGACGGACUGUGCUGAAAGCGGUAUCCAUGUGCCCCUGGUGGACGUCCAUCUGGGUCCAAAAACUGUGACUGUCUCGACCUUGAAUGGCCAUACAGUCAAAUGCAACCACGCGGUUCAAGCCACCUGCGUCCCUCUGCAGAAACUCAGCAUCAUUGCUGAAAUGGAGUACAACCGCACAUACUGCAUCGCCAUCCGCAUCCCCAAAGGAACGGUCGAAGACUGUCUGAUCUAUGACACUGCCGAUCCAUACAAGUAUAUCCGCAUGACCGCCUGCGACGAGAAGGACGAUUACAUGGUGGUCGGAGGGUGUGAUCAUAAAGUGGGCCAGGAAGAUGAGUGGGACGAGCGAUACAGGGAGCUGGAAACAUGGGCGCGAGACCGAUUCCCGAAUGCAGGGAGCGUGGACUACAAAUGGUCCGGCCAGAUCUUCGAGCCGGUUGACCACAUGGCGUUCAUAGGCAAGAAUGAAGGCAGUGACCGGGUUUAUGUGAUCACAGGCGAUUCCGGCAACGGCCUUACUCACGGGGUGCUAGCCGGAAGACUUCUCGCAGACGAGAUCCAGGGCAUCGACAAUCCUUGGGCGAAGGUGUACAAUCCCAAACGCAUCGCAACCGUGGCGUCCAAGCUCCCCAGCAUGAUCGAGCACGACGUCCAGAUCAACACGCAGUACAAACGCCUCUUGCAGUCAGAUAUACAGGACGUCGAAGACCUCGGGAAGGACCAGGGAGGUGUAUUGAACCCGAAGACCUCGCACCCCCAGGCUGUGUACAAAGACAAAGACGGCAAGGUCCACCGCAUGAGUGCGGUGUGUCCUCAUUUGAAGGGCAUCGUCUGCUGGAACAACGACGAGAAGAGCUGGGACUGUCCGGUGCACGGCAGCCGAUUCAGUCCUGAAGGACGCCAACUGAUCGGUCCGGCGAAAGGAGGGUUGGAACCAUUUAACGACAGUGCGAAGGCGAGACAGGAGAUCGCUGCAGAACCGUGA